GAAUAGCGCACUAUCUUUUAUAUUCAGAAAGUUUGCAACUAUUAAGCUCAGUAACACACGUGUAACAAUUUUUUUGGACUUUUGCUUUCAAGUUAUCAAAUGAAUGUAUCAUAGAUAGGUUUUUUAUGCGUUUUGGGUUUGGCCCAAAAAAAUUGUUACAAAAAAAAAAGGUUUCAUGCAUGCAUAAGGCGUCCAUAAUCCUCAUAUGGUUGGUGGUUCAUAAUGGAUUAUUAAUAAAAGACUAUGAAAAACUGGAAGGGGAGACAAAUCUGGGCUGCAUGUUCUAUAACAUACGUAUGAAUCAUAAGAUCAUUUUUCUCUCUUGUAAAUACACAUGAGAAAUUUGGAGGAUGCUAACUUAAGAACUCUUUGCAAGUGAAUACUCCACGGAAUGGAACUAGCAUGAAAUGAACAAUAGAAUCACCGAGAACCACCAUGGCCUUUAUUUCAACUAGGUAGGUUAGUAUAUAAGAACAUUCAGAAUAGGGUAAACUCUAUUUGAGCCACAUGGGAAGGGGUAAUUCAUAUGGAGGACUAGCACUAUGGUUCACCACAAGCCUCUCCUAAUCAAUACAAUUAAAACAACAAUUUUUUUUUACAUAUCCUUGGUUUUUUAAAGUAUUUAUAGCAGUGCCACUGUCUAUUAAUUUUAAUUAAAAAUCAAUGGAUAUUAUUUGGAAAAAAAAUUGGCUUGCAAUUUAUAUUUUUGAAGAUUAUAUUGUCCAUGAAAUCUUGCAAAUUAACAAAACAAUAGCGAUAAUUUGUGUGUAAUUUUUGGAAUACAGAGUAUAUUCCACAAAUAAAAUAUUCUCAAAUCUUUUCAAAAAUUAGAAUUUUUUUAAUAAACACAAACUAACUACGUAUCAGACGUAUCUAUAUUAUAUAUCAUCAUCUUCCAAAGCCUAUUCUAUCACCUUCUGAAACCAAAACUGGCGGCUGUUAUGAGGAUCACUGACCUCACUAAUAUCAAAAUUUUACUUAUUUGACUUAUGUGGAUCCAUAUUUGAUAUUUAGCAAGUGUAUGCAGUUUUUUUUUUUUUUAUUGAUACAAUUUACGGACAAAACUUUUUGCUAAUUGGGAUAAUUAAGAGUGUGCGUCUCUCAAAACACACAUCUGUUGCUAAGGAACAAGAAGAAUGGCUCUGAAAGGGGCGGUCAGCAAUCAACACGCCUUUUCAAAACUGAAAUGCAAUUGUUCAGGUACUAUUUUAAUGAUAUGUACAUAAUUUUUGAAGAAAGAAAUUCUCUGUAACUAAAAAAAAGUAAAAUCUUUUCAAAUUGUGAUAUCUGAACCUUUCUCUCGACAAUAUAAUUUGCUUUGUUUAGCUUAGCUUAGUGUUAGCAUAGCCAUCUAAAUUUACCGUAUAAUCUCAAAUGCAAUAAAGGGAUGGAUGUUAGUUAUACAGUAAUGGAGAAUCACAUUCGGUCGAGAAAACUGACGGCGGAAAAUUAAUGUCAAACAUUCUUUAGUUUUCAGGUUUUCAACAAUGCUAAAUGGUACCUAGGGAUUGAUCUUCAAUAAUGAGAUAUAUUCAUCAAGUUUGGUUAAAUCUUGAAGUUUUUUCUGUUUGUUGCGUUCUCUCAUCGUUUUUACUGUUCUUUCAAUAAUGAGAGUGAUUGUUUCUGAGUAGAAAAGAAUAAGCUUACUGAAAAGUCUUGGUUUGGGAAAAAGAAAAUACUGGAGAAGCAAGACAAAUUAUUUUCUAUAAGGUCUGGUUAAUAAACGACAUUAAGUUUGGUCACUAAUCAUAAAUACAAGGCCACCACAGGUGUGUUAUCUAUCUAUACUAUUACAAUAGGUUCUGCAAUUGAGUUAUUUUAUGUUGAAAAAUACGAUACGUUUUGAGAUUAUACUAAUCGAACAUAAUUCAAAAAUACAUUAACUAGAAUUAUUUUCAAACAAUCAAGAAAUAUAGAGUGCCACAUUAAAAAAUUCAACAUAUUUUUUUUGUCGGCAACUUAAACGGAAUCAUAUAGACUCUGCAAACCAAACUAAUAAUUUUGCAUCCAUAUAAACAACAAACGUCGGUUGCUUCCUUGCACUGCGUGCUAAAGUUUUUGUCCUUGAAUUCUGCGUUCGUGGUAUAUGAAUGAGUUCUGAACUGUUGAAACUUCUCUGAUCUCUAUGUCUUCCAAGUAACUUGCAAAGGCUGAUCAUUUGUCUGGUUCUGAAACCAACUUCACCAACUGAGAACAAUCCGUUGCAAAUGUAACAAUAAACUGUUUUAGAUUCCUCAUACAUUUCGUUGCUCAAAUGAAAGCUAAUACUAUAAAACGCUUAGGCUUAACAACUGGUAACAAUCCGUUGCAAAUGUUCCAUAUUCAAUCGUCCCAUUAAGUGAUGAGUUAAUAAAACACCACUAUUACCACCACAUCAUGAUAUCAUUGUUGUCUUUACUUAUGUAAGCUAAUAAAUAUGUAUAAGCUUAUAAAAACAUAAAACAAAAACUCAAAACUAAUCAUCGAUUAAUCAUCAAUUUUCUUUAAACCGCUAGGCGUAGAUCGAUCGUCCGACUUGCACUUAGCGUAUUUCCGAACAUUUGGUCUAACAAACAUUCACCACAAAAAUCUAUCCAUAAUUUAUCAUCCAUGUUAGUUUGUCCAAAGUUAUAAUAUAAAAUAUUAAGUAAAAUUAAAAUGUUAAAAUACAUAUAUACAUAUGGAUCUUAAGGUUUAUGGCGACGCCGAAAAUACUCAAGAAGAGAGGAAGGAAGAAGAAGAAUCCUAAUCCCGAGGAAGUGAACUCGUCUACUCCACGUGGAGAUGACUCAGAGAACCGCUCAAAGUUCUACGAGAGUGCUUCUGCUAGGAUGAGAACUGUGACUGCAGAGGAAAGGGAGAGAGGCAUCACUGCAGCCAAAACCUACGAACCAACCAAUCCUUUCUUCAGAGUUGUUCUGCGGCCAUCUUAUCUCUACAGAGGCUGCAUCAUGUACUUGCCUUCUGGUUUUGCUGAGAAGUACUUAAGCGGGAUAUCUAGUUUCAUCAAGAUCCAGCUAGGGGAGAAACUGUGGCCAGUGAGGUGCCCUUACAAAGCAGGGAGAGCUAAGUUUAGUCAAGGGUGGUACGAGUUCACGCUUGAGAACAAUAUAGGCGAAAGAGAUGUUUGUGUGUUUGAGCUUCUCAGUACUCGGGACUUCGUUCUGAAAGUCACUGCCUUUCGCGUCAACCAGUACGUGUGACUCUUCAUGAGCGGUCUUCGUUCCCAAAGUUUUCAUGUAGGGUCUUUUUUUAUCUAUUUGUGCUGAGUGAAAUUCAGGUUACUAUUCUUCCAAUGUGAAUAAGUAUUUGAAGAUUUGAGUAAAAACUAUGUUUGAGUGGGUAGUUAGAGUCAAAAGUAGAAGUUGUUAUUACUUUAUGUGAAUGUUGACUAUGAUGUUGUUUAAGGGUUUUGGCUCCGAACAGAAGUUUCACCAUUUACUUAGUUGGUG